UAUGGAAAAUCGGUUACCAUUUACAAUUUCAAAUCACACCAAUCUCUAUAAAAGGUGCAUCUUUACAAUGAAUUUGUUACAGUUUAUUUUCAGCUUUGUAACGAUUCAAACCAACAUUUAAUGCACACAUUUCCUCACAAUUCGUCACAAUCAUUUCAAACCGAUUUUUCGAGAUCGAUCUUAUACAUUAAAUUGUACACAUACUCCUUUGAACCAUCCCUGUAUAUUUCCCAUUUCCCAUAGUUGCUCAGAUUUUCUUACGAAAAAAUAUUUGAGUUUUUGCGAAGAUUGGCCGUUAUACUACUGUUCACAAUACGAAAAUUCGACCCUGGGAUUUUCUAUUUUCAUUGAGGUUGAAGAAAAUCACAACUUGAAUAAAGUGUUAAGAAGUACUCAUUUCAGCUUUUAAGUUUCUAUUGCCGUAUAUAAAUAAAAAAAAAAUCACAGAAACGAUUCACAUGAAUAAGUAAAAGGGUAAAUAUUUAACAUGCACUAGGGAUACCACUUGAAGAAAACUAAUCCUGUGACUGAAAAAAAUAAAAAGUGAAGACAAUUGAUAUUGACUGUUACUAGCAAACGAAGAAGUUUUUUUGGUUGUUUGAAUAUAGCAAAUGGUUUGAAAUUUUGAUUGUGAAAGACUUUAUAAACGUGAAAAAAUGAGUGGCUCUGGCAAAGGAUUGUUGGGUUUGUGGUUGUAUAGAAGUGGUGAACAAGAGUGGGCAGUCAAAGAAGGAAGUCCUCUGCAUAAUCAAGAUGACUUAGUGACAUCAUCGGUUCCAAACGAGAGAUUAAAACGACAAGACAACAUAUCACCCGUUGACAAAACCUCCAUUAUUUUCACGUUGAAUAAUCAAGUUGGUGGCCUGGCACGAGCGCUACAAGUCUUUCAAGAACUUGGCAUCAAUGUACUGCAUUUGGAGUUGCAAAACACAAGAUCGGAUGUUGAUCAGGCGGAAGUAUUUGUGGAUAUUGAGUGUGACCCAAAGCAUUUAGAGAAAGUAAUUCGUUUACUGAAACGAGAGGUUAGUUCAGUGAAUUUUGCUUCACCUCAGGUCAGUGAUGAAUUUCCGCCGCCAACACCUCUUUCGGCAUGUUCAUCAUUUGAUUUUGGCGAUAUUUACUGGUUUCCACGGAAAAUAUCUGAUUUAGACAAAGUACAAAAUGUGCUAAUGUAUGGAACUGAGCUCGAUGCUGAUCAUCCCGGAUUCAAAGAUCCGGUCUAUCGCAAAAGACGCGAAGAAUUUGCAGCCAUUGCCAAUUCCUACAAACACGGUAAUCCAAUUCCAAAAAUUCAAUAUACGCCCGAAGAAAUCAAAACUUGGGGUGUUGUAUUUCGUGAGCUACAUCGUUUAUAUACGUUACAUGCUGUUCCUGAGUACAUGGAAAACUGGCCACAAUUGGUAAAAUAUUGUGGCUAUCGUGAAGAUAAUUUGCCACAAUUGCAGGAUGUGAGUAAUUUUUUGAAGCGAAAAACCGGAUUUCAAUUACGACCAGUUGCUGGAUAUUUAUCGCCAAGAGAUUUUCUAUCUGGUUUGGCAUUCCGUGUUUUUCAUUGCACACAAUAUAUUCGCCAUUCUUCGGAUCCAUUUUACACACCGGAACCAGAUUGUUGCCAUGAAUUGCUUGGCCAUAUGCCAUUGCUGGCCAAUGCCAGUUUUGCACAAUUUUCACAAGAAAUCGGCUUGGCCUCGCUUGGAGCAUCUGACAGUGACAUUGAUAAAUUGGCCACGCUUUACUUCUUCACGGUGGAGUUUGGAUUGUGUCGUCAAAUAGAUGGUUCAUUUAAAGUAUAUGGUGCCGGAUUACUGUCAUCAGUGGCUGAGCUUCAACAUGCUCUUGGAACGACUGACAAAAUUAAACGAUUUGAUCCAGAAAUAACAUGCCAAGAAGAAUGCAUCAUUACUUCAUACCAAAAUGCAUACUAUUACACUGAUUCAUUUGAAGAAGCCAAAGAUCGAAUGAGAAUUUAUGCGGAGAAUAUUCAGCGUCCAUUUGGUGUAAAAUACAAUCCAUAUACACAAACCGUUGAUGUGCUUUCGAAUGCAAAGCGGAUAACUGCAGCAGUGAGCGAACUUCGUGGUGAUUUGAGUAUUGUGUCAUCGGCGUUGCGAAAAGUGUCGGCUUUAGAUCAAGAUUUGGAUGUAGAAAAGAUUACCCAAAUGCUACAAUCUGGAUUACAAGUUGGAGAUCGAAGUCCAGUUAGUCCAGAUUCGGAUGGAUCCCAAGACGGUACAAAUAAGUCAAACAACAAUAUAGAUGACAGCAAGGAAUAAUUGCUUAUUCAUAUGUGUGCAAAAUGGAAUAUGAAAUGCUCAAUGCUCAAAAGGAUCACAUGAAAUAAAAAAUAAAUAAAUAAACUUCUCACAAAUUUUAAUAAAUUUGUAUUCAAAUUUAAUGUUGUGUGUGUAUUUAUCUGAAAAUUAGAAAAUUUCAAUGCUAAUUGGUGUAUAUAUCAGUCCACCUUGUUAUUUGGGGCCAAUCAUUCAAAUGAAAUUACAUGAAAACCAAAAAUACAUUUACAAAAUUAUUCAAUUUAUUUAUUUACAAAAUGAGUUUGGAAUUUUGAAGAUAGAAAUCUUUUUUUUUGUUAUCGAAUAGUUUAUUUACAAAUUAUUAAAGUGACAGCAAUUCAGUAAAUUUACAAAAUGCUAUAUAACAAUCAAACAGAAUAUAUAUAACUUAAAUAAAUUAAAUGGAAAAAAGUACAGAAUUUCAUAAAGACAAAUAUUUUUACAAUUAUUUUCUGGAUAUAAUGAAAUAGAAGUUUUUGUUUAGUUUACUGGAGUAAAACUCCAUAUUUUUGGGAAAAAAGUUAAUAUAAACAUCAUUUUUGAAUCAAAAAUUUUGAUGAAUGUUCAUAACUAAUCAUAACGAGUUCAUCCAUGUAGAAAUGUCAAUGCUAAAAUAAAACACAAACUAA